UGCGCGGCGGGGCGGGGCCAGCGCCCGGUGAUGGCGGCGCACCUGAAGAAGCGGGUGUACGAGGAGUUCACCAGAGUGGUGCAGAUUCAACAACCGCACGAUGAAAUUCCCGCCAAGAAACUGCGCCUGGCGAAGCCCAGCAAGUCGGCGGCGCUGCACGUUGACCUCUGCAAGUCCACAAACUCCACCGAGGCGCUGCAGUACCUGUUGCAGUUCGCAAAGAAGCCGGUGGAAGCGGAGAGUGUGGAGGGAGUGGUCCGCAUCCUCCUGGACCACUACUACAAGGAGAGCGAGAGCUCGGUCCGUCUGAAGAUCGCCUCCCUGAUUGGACUGCUGUCGAAGACUUCGGGCUUCCUACCCGACUGCAUCGUGGAUGAAGUCAUUGUCGCCCUUAAUAAUGAGAAAUCCCACCAAGUCCUUGCCCAGCUGUUGGACACCAUGUUGCUGAUUGGCGUUCAGCUCCAGGAGAACCUGCCGCUCAGUUUCCGCUUGGUGGACAUCGGCUGCAAGCAUCUGUUGGACACGUCGCACAUCGUACGGAACAAGUGCUUACAGCUGGUCGGCUGCCUGGGCUCCCUGGAGAGACUUGGGGUGAAGGAACUGGAGAACGUGGCCACCAAAGACGUGCAACGGAUCAUCAGCGACUCCUUCAGCGACCAGGACCCGCGCGUUCGAACGGCAGCGAUGAAAGCCAUGUUACAACUCCAUGAACGGGGAAUGAAGCUGCAGCAGACCAUCUACUGUCAGGCGUGCCGGGCACUGUCGGAUGACUACGAGCAAGUCCGUUCCGUUGCCGUGCAACUCGUGUGGGUCCUCAGUCAACUAUACGCCGAUAGUAUAGUUCCCAUUCCCUCCUCCAACGAGGAGAUUCGCCUGGUCGAUGAUGCUUUUGGGAAGAUCUGCCACAUGGUGAAUGAUGGGUCGUGGCUCGUGAGAAUACAGGCCGCCAAACUGCUGGGAUCCAUGCACCAAGUCAGUGUUCAAUUUCUGGAACAAACCCUCGAUAAGAAACUGAUGUCUGAUCUGAAGAGGAAGCGCAGCGCCCACGAGCGGGCCAAGGAGCUGUACACCUCGGGCGAGUUCUCCAGCGGCCGCAAGUGGGGGGACGAUGCCCCCAAGGAGGCGGUGGACACCUACACGGUCAACCUGAUCAACUCUGGGGCCUGCGGAGCCUUCGUUCACGGGCUGGAGGACGAGAUGUACGAGGUCCGUAAUGCAGCGGUGGAGUCCCUCUGCAUGUUGGCUCAGGCCUCCGCCUCCUUCGCCGAGAAGUGCCUGGACUUCCUGGUGGACAUGUUCAACGACGAGAUCGAGGAGGUGAGGCUGGGCUCCAUCCACGCCCUGCGGAAGAUCUCGUGCCACAUCCGGCUGCGGGAGGACCAGCUGGACACGGUGUUGGCAGUGCUGGAGGAUUCUUCCCGUGACAUCCGUGAAGCUCUCCAUGAGCUGCUGUGCUACACUAAUGUGUCCACCAAGGACGGAAUCCACCUGGCCCUGGUGGAGCUGCUGAAAAACCUGGCCAAGUAUCCCACCGACCGCAACUCCAUCUGGAAAUGCCUCAAGUACGUGGGGAGCCGGCAUCCGACCCUGGUGUUGCCUAUAGUGCCGGAACUGCUCAGCACACACCCGUACUUUGACACGCCCGAGCCCGACAUGGAUGACCCGGCUUACAUUGCCGUGCUGGUGUUGGUUUUCAACGCUGCCAAGACCUGCCCCACCAUGUCAGCGCUCUUCUCAGACCACACGUUUCGACACUACGCCUACUUGCGGGACAGCCUGUCCGACCUGGUGCCGCCGCUGCAGUUGCCAGGUAGAAAGAUGGUGUCUGUGUCGGACUCGUCCAACCACGCGCUGAACGAGGACUCGUCCCGGCUGUUUGUGCAGCAAAGCCUCGACCGAGCUCAAACUAUUCAACACCUGGACUCGCAAGGAGCUCAGGAGCUCCUGAAGCUAACUAUCCGGGACCUGCAGAGACUCGGGGAGCUGCAGCCUGAGUUGGCGGGGAUGGCCGAGUUUUCAGCCACUUACCUGCAGUGUCAGCUACUCCUCAUGAAGUCGCUGCAGGAGAAGCUGUGGAACGUGGCCGCUCCCCUCUACCUCAAACAGAACGUCAUGGCCGCCUCUGCCGCCAGACAGAUUGUGGAGCACACCUACAGGCUGGAGUUCCUGUACAGCGGGCUGGGGAGCAGGCAGGUGGCCACCAUCCACCACAUGCGGCUACAGGCCAAGGCGCUGCAGCUCAUCCUGACCGCCCGCACAUCCCGAGGGAUGGAAACUGUGAUCAGCAUGUGCGAGAAACUCCUGCAGGAGCUGGAGAUAUUCCCCAGGCGUUUUGCGGCUGAGUUGCAGCACUUCCAGGAGAGCUUUGUGGAGAAGCUGCUGGAGGUGCUGCCCAGGCUCAUGGCUUGCAAGCCCAUGGAGCUGGUGAAGAUUCUGCAGACCACUCUCCGAAACAGCACCAUCGUCCUACUAAAGCUAACCGACCAGGUACACAAGGCCUCUGCGACCAUCAUCGAGCCCACUGGCGAGUCGGACAACCCACUGCGGUUCACGUCCGGUCUAGUGGUCGCGCUGGACGUGGACGCCACCUUAGAGCACGUGCAGGACCCUCAGUCCAUCAUCAAAGUGCAGGUCACGUACCCAGAUGGCCAGGCCCACAUCAUCCAUCCCAAACCGGCUGAUUUCCGAAACCCUGGGCCAGGAAGACACAGGUUGAUCACUCAAGUCUACCUUUCCCACACCGCAUGGACAGAGCCGUGCCAGGUUGAGGUGCGUUUGCUCCUGGCCUACAGCUCCAACAAGGGCAGGGCGUCGAGCCUGGGCCCGUUGUCCAGGUCACCGUGGAGCGACAGCACCGAGGCCUUGCUGCAGGCCCCCAACGUCAUCGAGGGCACCAUCAACCUGAGCAAGCAGGUCAAGGUCUACCUCAUGCCAAAGCCCACCAGGAGAUGAGCGGGCCAACACCUACCGCCGGCAGGUGGCAAGCUGCCGAGGCCAGCGGACUGUGCUGAGCUGGGCGUUACGACGUCGGGGCGUUUUCACUCGAGCAGCGAGGGCACUCUAGGUCAGUUGUGGACGGAGCUAGUGUUGGAGGGAAGGUGUGAGUUGUCCACCUGAGAACCAAACUCUGAGCAGCUCAGGGCAGGAGCAAUGAAGGACCUAAUUCCGCUUACGCGGUUUUUUUUUCGGCGACUUGCCGACAUAGUCGCAGCAGGUGGCCGAAGAUGUUCAACAUGUUGAAAAUCCAGCGGCGACUCUUUGGGGGACUACUCACGACCAAACAGGCCUCACCCUGCGACGUGUCGCCUGCAUGGUCGUGAGUAGUCACCCGAAGAGUCGUACCAUUUUUUGGUCGCCUCUGGAUUUUGAACAUGUUGAAAUUUUGACGUGUUUCUUGACUCUUUGGGUGACUCUUUUGUCUAC